AUGGCUGAAGAAGGUGCUCCUGUCGCAGACCAAGCCAGCCAAGCACGCGACGAAGUCCACCUGCGACUGGCGACGUUCAACAUUUUGGCAGACUGCUUUCCUUGGUUCGUUCGUCUGGCCAUCGACAGUGAGAAGCGCUUUGCGGCACUGGUUGAAGAGCUCAAAAGGUUGGACGCAGACAUCCUGGUCAUGAAUGAAGUCACUGCCAACAGCCUUCGUUAUCUGCUAGAUUCGGAGUACGUGCGCCAAUCCUACUACGUUUCCGAGCUGCCGACAGGUGCGAACGGUACAAUAUCUGGUUCACAUGGCUGUGUCAUGUUUAGCAAGCUUCCCAUGAGACUUUGCUAUGCAUUGCGGAUGGAGUCCAUGAAGCGGGAGGCCAUAUUCGGGGUGCUGGAGAUUGCGAACCGAAAGAUAGCGGUAUGCUCCCUGCACACUGUGGCCUACCAGAGCCCUCAGAACAAGGCAGUCAGAGCCAAGCAGCUCUCGCGGGUGGUGGCUUUUGCCAGAGAGCAGCGUCUGGACGGUUUCUUCGUGGCCGGUGACUUGAACUUGCACUACACCGCUGAAGAUGCCGUAGUACCCGCCAACGGCCUGCUCGAUGCUUGGGCGGAGACACACUUCGGCGAAUCCGAUGAUGCGGAUCCCGGUUACACCUUUGACGCAGAGUUGAAUUCCAUGAUUCCCCGCUACAUCCCUGGAGAGGUGCGCAAGAUGCGGCUGGAUCGAAUUCUGGUGUCGGAGAAGUGUGCUCUGGUGCCUGAAAAGCCAUGCGAGAUGUGGGCGACCCAUGCAGUUGAUGCAUCGCGUGACAUAUUCUUGAGCGAUCACUUCGGCCUUGUUCAGGAUCUUCGUGUGGACCCAAAGGGCUGGCAUGGAAAGGCUUCUGUUCGUCGCCAACUUCAAGAGAACGGUGCUGCUCCUUUGGAGGUCCAUCCCGUUUCCAACGCUCGUUUUGGCCUCGCGCUGGUUCCUCACAUCGGAUGGCUCACCUUGCGGCAGCGGGGCCAGAUCGUGGAAGUGGAUGAAGAUGGCGACGCGUACAUCCGAUUCCGCGAUCAUCGAAAGAAGCAAUGGGUCUACAGUGAGAAUCUGCCCUACCUUGCCAAGGUCCUCUUCGACAAGGGAGACAUUCUCCACGUGAGGCGAAGCUUCCAUUGCGGUUCGUUCCACAUCCGCCGAGGGCAGAUGGGCGUAGCCAAGCGUCUGGAUGCAGGGGGCGACCUCUUGGUGGAAUUUGACCGCAAUGUUGGUGACCAGUGGGUGCAGUACUACAGCUUGGUGUUCAUGGAGAAGGAGAAGCCAGCAGAAUCCUCCGGGCCUAGCAAGCAAAAGGCCUCCGCUGAGGCUCGGGUGUGGCUCUACAAUCCGCCUGCCUUCCGGGAUGUGGCUGUGCGUGCAACUCCGGACAUUGAUGGCCCCAGGACUCAGGUCACCCUGCGGCCGGGUCAGCGGUUCAUGGUCUCCGAGGAGCACGUGGGCACGGAUGGCGUCCGGUAUUUGAAGCUGGCGGACGGUUCCGGCUGGAUGUUUGAGAACAAGCCGGGAGCUGGUGUUCUGUGUGUUCGACAGAACGGCGGCAUGCCGGGAGAUCUCCUGUCAAGACUCAGCGACAAGACGCCGCCAGAUGACAAGCUUCUGCAUGAAGAAGAUGCAAAGGCCUUCUUGAUGCACAUGCACAGGAUCCUAAAUUCGAAGCAAGUGCGGCCAGCCGUCGAAGGCCUCCAAAGAGAGCUUCCGGACAGGAUACGAAGCGUCACGGAGGUGCAGAAAAGCCAGGAGACGCAGCUGACCAUAGAGAAGGCCAAGCGCAUUCUGAUCGAUGCCUGCAAGAGUCUCUUCAAAGACUUUGGCUUUCAGGUGUCCCAGGAGGGUCAGCAGGAGUUGCUCGAAGCGUUGCGAGAGCACGAGUCCUGCAACCUGGUGUACAUCAUGGCCACGAGUGUCGAACUGGUGCUUCAGAUCCCUCCUGGCGGUUGGUUCGGCCUGAGCCAGCUGCGGAGAGGGUUCCAGGUGGUGGUGAAGCAGGGAGGCCCUUCUCAGCUGGUUGGAAAGCGGGGAGUGCUGCUCAAAAGAGACGGCGCGCAGUGGCAAGUACGCCUGGAUGGUGUCGACGAGGCCCAGCUGUUGCUUUCGGAGGACCUGGUUAUUGCCCCGGACCCGAAUGCUGUCAAGGAGGCGAGCAAAGCCAAGGAGAUCAAGGCUUCGGCGUCAGAGAAGGAGCUCGAAAUGGAGGCUUGGCAGAUGGCUUCCCUCGCCGCCGUGCGCGGAAAAGGCCACGGCAAGCAGCUCACUGAGGCGCCUUGGUGGGCAGUUUGCCAAGAUCGAGCCUCGAGGCGUGCAACUGGCAGGCUUGCAGAGAGGGAGCUGUUGGCCAUCGCGUCUGGAUCCGAGGCUUCCUGGUCGGAAUCCUUGAAGAGGCCGAACAAGUCGCUGCCCCCUGCGCCACUUCCCAUCGAAGACGAGCGUGUGCCCUCCGUCUUCGCCAUCAUCGAGGAGAUUGAGGCGGACGAGAACCGUGACCGGGUCCGCAACGAGUUCAAAGCCUUGGCGCGCCGGCGUAAGCCACAGCCCCAGGCGGUGGCGGCAGUGGCAGAAACAGCCGGUGGCAGCAGCGCAAGUUCAGGACGCCGGAGAGGCGCUUUCAGCACCCGGGCAGGAGCUCUGGAGGAGAAAGCGGAGGCUGCCGAGACAUUUCUGGAUGCGGAGGAGGAGCAGGAUUCGGACGACCUCAGAACCGCUGAGGCUCGUGCAAAUCGCGGAGACAUCAGGGAUUUGCUUCGUCGUGAAAAAUUUGCCUGUUCGCGAAAAGAUGCAGAACUUGCUGUGAUGACCGGGAAGCUGGACCGCAAUCCGGGCCGUAUAGCUGUCGAGGGCCGAAACGAGGAGCUUCCUCCACGGCGUACAAGGCCGCAGUGCGUGAAGGAAGAGUUCGAACGCCAACGAGCUCGCUGGCACAUGCCGCCGCGGGGCAAACACGUCGGUUUCAUGCCGCAGGCCCAUGUCCUGGGAACUGGCCAGGGAAACCUGGGUGCUUUGGAAGACGGUGCGAGCAGCGCCACACGGCGUCGGGCCGACAAGGACCUGCUGGCUCCGAAUUUCGGUGGCCUCCCGGAGUUCGAUGACCAACCGGGCUUCUUUCGAGGCUCAGGCCUGGGGGGCUUCGGGUCUAGUAUAGGGUACCAGUAG